AUCGUGUCUCCUAAUCCUCCAUUGUCCCUUCCUGCCCCUCUCACCCCAGGUGUAGAAGACAUCGUGGCCAUAAUGAUUCCUGAGCCGAAAGGGAAGGAGAUAGUGAGCCUGCUGGAAAGGAACAUCACCGUGACAAUGUACAUCACCAUCGGGACCCGGAACUUGCAGAAAUAUGUGAGCCGUACUUCGGUCGUCUUUAUCUCCAUCUCCUUCAUCGUCCUGAUGAUCACUUCCCUCGCAUGGCUCGUCUUUUACUAUAUCCAGAGGUUUCGAUAUGCAAAUGCCAGGGACAGGAACCAGCGCCGACUGGGAGAUGCAGCUAAGAAAGCCAUCAGCAAGCUCCAGGUCCGGACCAUCAGGAAGGGUGACAAGGAAACAGAGCCCGAUUUUGACAACUGUGCAGUUUGUAUAGAAGGCUACAAGCCCAACGACGUGGUCAGAAUCCUGCCCUGCCGGCAUCUUUUCCACAAGUCCUGUGUUGACCCCUGGCUUCUAGAUCAUCGCACCUGUCCCAUGUGCAAGAUGAACAUUCUUAAAGCCCUAGGGAUCCCGCCCAACGCCGACUGCAUGGAUGACUUGCCCACCGACUAUGAGGGUUCCCUGGGGGGUCCACCAACCAACCAGAUCACAGGUGCAAGCGACACGACAGUGAAUGAAAGUUCAGUCACUUUGGACCCAGCUGUGCGGACUGUGGGAGCCUUGCAGGUAGUCCAGGAUGCAGACCCCACACCCCAGGAGGGAGAAGUCAUCUUUACUACCAACAGUGAGCAGGAACCAGCUGUAAGCAGCGACUCUGACAUCUCAUUAAUUAUGGCGAUGGAGGUCGGACUGUCUGAUGUAGAACUUUCCACUGACCAAGACUGCGAAGAGGUGAAAUCUUGAAAUGGCCGAUACAGAACAAAAGAGAUAGCAGGACCCAAGGGCAAGGAAGGGAGGAGUGCUCCAAGACUUGGACCAGGCACACACCUCCGGGACACCUUGGUGACUCCAGGGCACUGGGGUCAAGAAUGCUCACGAAAAGCAAUAUCCAAAGUCUUGUCAACCAGGAUGCAGUUUCUCCAUCUCUACAGCAGCCUAUGGCCUUGGCAACCGGGAAGUUGAAAGUUGAAUUCCACUCCCAUUUUCUCAGACACCGUACACUUCCGAAGCUCCUAAAACAGAGACUGAAGGGACACCUUAGGGUUUCUUAGUUUUAUUUCAGUUUUUCCAGGUCCUAUUGUUCUUGUUUUUGCAAUGUUGUUUGAUUUCUUUGGCAAUUUUUUUUUAAAGACUAUGUGUAGUUUUCUUUC